GGAAUAAUUUUUAUAAAAUAUUAAGAAUCAGUAAUGCUCAAUAGCAAUUUCAGACAUUUGGUAAAUACAGGAAGGAUCAACAGCAGGUUAUUAUCAAAUCCUUCUUCACUCAGCAUGCUUAGAAGCAGCAGGCUUCUAAGCAGACGGGGAAUGAUGGAUAAAAAUGCCCUGCUUCGGUUUGUGCCAAAGCGGAACUUUAACAAGAGAAUUGAUAGAGCACUUGAGGAUCUUAUCAGCAGACUCCCUAAUGGCAAUAUCGGGAUUGCAUUUGUGGGUAUAAAUACCUUCUUUUACUUCUUGUAUUUGAUCUGGCCUAGAGAUAUUAUUCACAAGUUUUAUAAUAAUUUUACAAUCUCGCAGUAUAAUCUCUCUAGAGGAAGAGUCCAUACUCUGCUGUUAUCUCAUUUUGCUCAUUUGGGAUUCCUGUCUUAUGCCUUGGACUCACUGAUAGUCUAUCUUUUCUGUCAGAAUUUGACAUAUAUGUUUGGACCAGUCUAUAUUGCCAAGCUGGCAAUGAUGAGCAUAGUGUGAGGAAGUUUCUUAUUGAUGUUGCAGCACUCUUCCUCAGGUACUCAGAACCCAUUUUGAGGAAAUGAUAGCAUCUUGAGAGCAUUGAUUUUCACUGUGAUUUUUCAGAACCCAACCGCCUCGUUCUACAUGAUUCCAUUCCCAAUUGCAAUUCCAGCAUGGGCUAUAGCAGCAGUUUUGCUUGGACUUGACUUCUUGGCAUUCAAUACAGGCUCUUUCGGAGGAAUUUCAGCUGCCUACCUCAUGCUGAACUAUGUCAGGUAA